AUGGAGAACAUAUCGCUAGUUUAUUUUUCAAACGUAAUAGGUUCCGUGAACAAGACCGGAGUUAAGGAAUUUAUUCUGGUGGCCUUUUCCGACAUCCAGGAGCUUGAGAUGUUAUUAUUUAUAGUUUUUCUUAUGGCGUAUGUUUUAUGUGUAAUGGGGAACAUAGUGAUUCUUGCCCUCGUUAGCAUUGAACCUUCACUUAAGACCCCAAUGUAUUUUUUCAUUGGCACGCUUUCUGCUUUAGAGAUUAUAUUAGUUUCUGUAACCGUUCCAAAACUCUUAGCCAACCUCAUUGCAGCUGACAACCGGAUCUCGAUAACCGGGUGCUUUGGACAACUCUAUGCCUUCAAUGCCUUGGGAGUAACAGAAUGUUACCUUCUCGCAGUCAUGAGCUUUGACAGGGACUUAGCUAUUAACAAUCCUUUACAUUAUAUGGUUAUUAUGAGCAAAACAUUUUAUACUAAGCUGGCGAUUUUACCCUGGGUUAUUGGCCUGGUCAUAGCUUUCUUUCCAACAGUCUUCACCGCUAGGUUGGAAUUCUGUGGUCCCAACACGAUCAACCAUUUCUUCUGCGACUUGGCCCCACUACAGAAUUUGGCUUGUUCCGACCCCUUCAUCAGUAAUGUAGUAACAAGCACAGCGGCGAUUUUUGCCACUGUCAUACCAUUCUUUACCAUUAUGGGAUUUUACAUUCAUAUUAUUGCCACCAUCUCGAAGAUUAAAAGCUUUGGCGGGAAACAGAAAGCUUUCUCUACCUGUUCUUCCCAUCUCAUAGUAGCCAGCAUGUUCUUCGGCACAGCCAUUAUUGUGUACGUGAGGCCAAAGGGAAGCAAAUAUGAUAAAUUCCUUGCCCUUAUGUACACAGUUUUCACUCCACUGCUAAACCCUUUCAUUUAUACACUAAGAAACAAGACUGUAAUGGUCGCUCUUAGAAAAUCAAGAUCAUUGAAGGACUGA